UUGUUGUGACAUUUCAUAUUGAUUGAAUGGCUCACUAUGAUAUGAUCAAUCUGAAAAUCAAUCCUUCGUCGUCUACAAGUAGUUCCAACCUGACCAUCCAUGUGCGAAUGUUAUUCGGAUUGAAAAUGCGUGUUGGCGAUGUAAUUCUUCGGGAAUCUUCGGGUAUUCUGAAUAUCAGCGCAGAAGGUGCUUUUACACUGUGAACAAUCAGUCAGCACAGCCAUGGCCUCCGUCGGUGGUCUGUUGCCAAGGGGAAUAGUCCUGGCUGAAGGAUAGAGAGAGAAGGGCAGAGAGAGGGAGAGACAAGGCUGUCUUGUGGUGCAGAAGAAGAGAUGGUCAUCACUGACAGGAGCUCCAGCACUCCUGGGCCCAAGAAGAAGGAACCGAAGAAGAGGGCAUCCCGCCCCCAUGGCCUGCCCUCCCCGGCGCUGUGCUGCGCGUGUGGCUUGUGCAUCAUGCUGGCAGGCAUCAACAUCACCCUGGUGGGGGCGUUUGCCUUCAGCACCAUGGUGCCCUCUACCAACCCUCCCAUCAUCAUAGGGCCCAUCCUGCUUCUGGUGGCCUUCUCUUUCUUCGGGGCGUGCUGUGUCUGCAGCCGCCUGCCCCCUGCCCAGGGCUCCCGGAGGUCUAAGGUGGGCGGAAGGAGCAUGGGGAUGAUGGGGCGUGGAGGUUUAGCCGGGGGAGUGACGUUUGAGAUUGAGACGAGUGAGCACACAUUGCAGGACACGACAGCAGUACAGCUCAGCCCCUCAGCCUCACCUGGGUCAUCCCGGGCAUCCAGCCCCGAGCGGGAUGCUUCUCCUGACCCCGCACCCCCAGGGACCUUCAAGCUCUUCACCAUGGAGACCAAUGGCCCCACCUCCGCCACGGCAUGCUAUUCCGCCUCCUCGGCAGGGGGAGGGGCUGUGAGGCUCAACCUGCCAUGUGAUGAUGUGGCCACCUAGCACUCCCCUGAUUAACACAUUGUAGCAUGAGCCUCCUGCCUCAGGGGACUGACCCAAAACUAUGUAAAUGUGGGCUGUGACGGUCAUGAAAUUUUGGAUGACGGUAAUUGGCCAGCCAAGUGAGUACGGUCUCAGUAAUAACCAUUCGAAAAGCAAAAAAAAAUAUGAAUUAUACAUUUCAUGUUGCUAAAAGGUCAGUCAAGUUCUUCCACACUGAUCUUGACAAACCAUUUCUGCAUGGACCUCGCUUUGUGCAUGGGGGCAUUGUCAUGCUGAAACAGGAAAGGGCCUUCCCCAAACUGUUGCCACAAAG